CUCCUGCAAAAAUGGCAUAUUUUCUCCCUUCUUUGAGACCCUUUACAGAGAUCUAAGCUCCAUCGCAAUCUCCACAUCUUCAUCAGCUCAAAGAAGAUGAUGCGAGCUAGCAAGAAGUCCACAUCUAAGCUCCAAUUUUGAAGGUUUCGUCCGCGGCAGCCGGCGGCGAGUGGGAGGUCCGGCCGUGCGGGAUGCUGGUUCAGAAGCGGAGCCAAGAAUCAGAAUCCGCAUCCAAACCGGCUCCGGCGAUCCGGGUGCUGGUCAAGUACGGAUCCGCUUAUCACGAGAUCUGUGUCAACUCUCAAGCCACCUUUGGGGAACUGAAGAAGCUGUUAUCGGGUCCAACGGGUCUACACCCGUUAGAUCAGAAGAUACUGUACAAAGACAAGGAGAGAGAAUCCACAGCGUAUUUGGACACCGCCGGCGUUAAAGAUAAAUCGAAGCUCGUCGUGUUAGAGGAUCUCAAAGCUCAGGCUAAACGAUGUCUUGAAAUGAGGCGAGCUGUGAAAUCUGAGCAGGCGUCGAAAUCUAUCAGUUGCCCUUAGAAUUGCAGUCGUUUGUUUCACUGUGAUUAUAAACUUUUCCAAAAACAGUUGUAAAAAUGGGUCAGAUUUGUGAAAACAACUUGCGUCCACGAGAACUGCAAGUCAUCUUUUGUAAA